CAAAGGCCGACCAGCCCUUCUCGACAAUUUUCCUCACGUCGGCUCCCCAAACUUCCAUCAACCACUCGUCUCAAUCUCCCCUCCCGCAAUUGCAAGCCGCUUGCAAUUGCCUUUCCUCGACCCAAGAGGCGCCACAUCCCUCUCCAAGAUGUUCAGGAACGCCCUCCGACAGAGCACUCGCGCCGUCGGCGCCCUCUCUGCCACGAGCAGAGUCGCCGCACGAAAUGCCGCACCCGCCGUCUCUGCCAUCCAAGCCCGCACCUACGCCGAUGCCAAGGCCUCCCCGACCGAGGUCUCGUCCAUUCUCGAGCAGAGAAUCCGCGGCGUCCAGGAGGAGGCCGGCCUUGCCGAGACCGGCCGUGUCCUGUCUGUCGGUGAUGGUAUCGCCCGUGUGCACGGUAUGGCCAACGUCCAGGCCGAGGAGCUUGUCGAGUUUGCCUCCGGUGUCAAGGGCAUGUGCAUGAACCUCGAGGCCGGCCAGGUUGGUGUCGUGCUUUUCGGUUCCGACCGUCUCGUCAAGGAGGGCGAGACUGUCAAGCGUACCGGCGAAAUCGUCGAUGUCCCGGUCGGUCCUGAGCUUCUCGGCCGUGUUGUUGAUGCCCUCGGCAACCCCAUCGAUGGCAAGGGUCCCAUCAACACCAAGGAGAAGCGCCGUGCGCAGCUCAAGGCCCCCGGCAUUCUCCCCCGCCGUUCCGUCAACCAGCCCGUGCAGACCGGUCUCAAGUCUGUCGACGCCAUGGUGCCCAUCGGUCGUGGUCAGCGUGAGCUGAUCAUUGGUGACCGUCAAACCGGCAAGACUGCCGUCGCUCUGGACGCCAUACUCAACCAGAAGCGGUGGAACAACGGCACCGACGAGAGCAAGAAGCUCUACUGCAUCUACGUCGCUGUCGGCCAGAAGCGUUCUACCGUCGCCCAGCUCGUCAAGACUCUCGAGGAGAACGACGCCAUGAAGUACUCGAUCGUUGUCGCCGCCACCGCCUCAGAGGCUGCUCCUCUGCAGUACAUUGCUCCUUUCACUGGUGCUUCAAUCGGGGAGUGGUUCAGGGACAACGGCAAGCACUCGCUGGUCAUCUACGACGAUCUGUCCAAGCAGGCCGUGGCCUACCGUCAGAUGUCACUGCUGCUGCGUCGUCCCCCCGGACGUGAGGCCUACCCCGGUGACGUCUUCUACCUCCACUCUCGUCUGCUCGAGCGUGCCGCCAAGAUGAACGACAAGCACGGCGGCGGCUCCAUGACUGCCCUCCCCAUCAUUGAGACCCAGGGUGGUGAUGUGUCUGCCUACAUUCCCACCAACGUUAUUUCCAUCACGGACGGCCAGAUCUUCCUGGAGUCUGAGCUCUUCUACAAGGGUGUCCGCCCGGCCAUCAACGUCGGUCUGUCCGUGUCGCGUGUCGGUUCCGCCGCCCAGCUCAAGGCCAUGAAGCAAGUCGCCGGCUCCCUGAAGCUCUUCUUGGCUCAGUACCGUGAGGUCGCUGCCUUCGCCCAGUUCGGCUCGGAUCUCGAUGCCGCCACCAAGCAGACCCUCGCCCGUGGUGAGCGGUUGACCGAGCUUCUCAAGCAGAAGCAGUACUCGCCCAUGGCCGUCAACGAGAUGGUUCCCCUUAUCUUCGCCGGUGUCAACGGCUACCUCGACUCGGUCCCCGUCAACAAGAUCCUCCAGUGGGAGGCUGACUUCCUUGCCCACCUCAAGACCAACGAGGCCGACCUGAUGGCUACGAUUGACAAGGAGGGUGCCAUCAGCAAGGAGCUCGAGGCCAGGUUGAGGGAGAUCAUCCAGAACUUCACCAAGAGCUUCCUGGGUUAAUUUGCACGUAAUUUAAAGCGCUCCCGAGGAUCGACGGGGGGUUAGCCGACGAUAAAGACGGAGGAUGUCCAUAUCGCAUCGGGGCCGUGUGUUUCUAGAGCAGGGGGGUUUCCGUCUUUCGUGUGCUGGAUGAGCAAGGACGCGCGCGGAGGGGAGUGUUCUCCCGUCAAAUCCAUUGUAAAAUAGAGCGAAGACUCAAUCAAGCACUCGAUUCCUUUUGUCCUCGAAAGUUGAGGGUUUCUGAAGGCUGGGUGCCGUCCGAGCCGGAGAGUUGCGUCGGGUCUGGCCGUUGCUGCGGGUGAGUGGGGCCCGGCCGAGUAACGAUUCCGGAUGGGAACAGCGGCUGGUGAC